AUGGAGGAAACCACAGAGUGGUCCAACUUCAACAGAUGGCCCAAAGUCCCACCAUGGCUAAAGAUCCUUAUACUCGUUGUUGGGCCAGUCACAUUGUGCAUGGCCAUCAUCAUUAUCUGCAUCAGACGGCGUCAUGCCAAACGCAUCGAGAAAACCGAUGAUGAGAAUUCUCCUAUCAGCAUGAAAGAAGUACACGACGCCCAUGGCGGUCAGGAUGGAGCAUGGGAAGAUAACCCAGUUCCGCUAGCUCGUGUUGUCAUGGCUCCCCGACGAGGACGAGGUUCCAAGGAACAAGAAGCCUGGGAGCCGGUCGAUCUUUCACCAGCGUCAUCUUUCACGGCCACCCCAUUAUACGCCAUCCCGGAGGCAAGACACAGCAGGUACUCACUGAUAACGACGGCACUCGAAUCACACGAUCGGUCUUGA